CCUUCACCCGACAACCUAUAAAUAUAUGAUCCCGCCUCAACUUUUUCUCCAAAUUUCGCUCGGCUAAUUUCGGAAUCGUUCGCGUAAUUCUCAGGCUAUUCCGUAAACCCUGUUUCCGCUCGUUGCUCUGUUUCUUCGGAUUGUACCAAUCUGAACUUGCUGUAGAAGAAGGAUUCUGAUCAGUUUACUCCCGACAUUUACAAGCAUCUCAGACCAGAAAUUUGAGGAAACAAUUGUCAUAUUUGCCAAUCUUCUACAUUGAAAAUUAUUUGCUAUGGCUGUGAAAACAGUACACACUGUUUCGAAAAGACCAGAGGCAUCAGUUUUUAACGGACGCAGAGUAGGUUACCGUGUAUACAACAAGGUGUGUAUAUAUUGGCUUGAAGGGAGAUGCAAUAGGAAUCCCUGUCGGUUUCUGCAUGCAGAAUCAUCCUUGCAGCAACCAAGGCAGACCCUUUCAACCAUAUAUAAUGCUGAUAGGCAUUCUGUUCAACCCAAAACUUCUCAGAGGAACUCAAGCUACAUGAGCCCAAAGACUGGAACUAAUUUGACAAAUGGAAUUGUUGAUUCUGCAAACAAAACAGGACCGGAGACCAAAAAAAUAGUUUCAAUUUCCAGAGGAUCUGGAUCUAAGGUCAAAGUUACUCAGAAGCCUCAAAUAAAGCUAUGCCAGUACUGGGUUACUAACCAUUGUGUUCACGGAGACAAGUGUAAGGACUUGCAUGCAUGGUCAUUUGGUGAUGGGUUUUCGAUGCUGACGAAGUUAGAAGGUCAUACCAAGGCCAUUACUGGAAUUGCUCUUCCCUCUGGUUCCAACCAGCUCUUUUCAAGUAGCAAUGACAAAUCUGUACGGGUUUGGGACUGCCACAGUGGUCAGUGUGCUGGUGUAAUUAAGUUUGACAAAGAAGUAGGAUGCUUAGUUGGUGAAGGUCCAUGGGUAUUUGUGGGAUUGCCAGAUGUUGUUAAGGUCUGGAACACUCACACUCAAAUAGAGUUUAACCUUAAUGGACCAACUGGGCAAGUUUAUGCAAUGACUGUAGGCAAUGAUAAACUUUUUGCUGGAAUAGAGAAUGGUACCAUAUUGGCAUGGAAGUUCACUUCUGAAAUAAAUAGUCCAGAGCUUGUUUCGUCAUUCGAGGGUCACAGCCAGGCUGUGCUUUCACUUGUUGUCGGUGCUAAUAGGCUGUACUCGGGUUCCAUGGAUAACACAAUCAGAAUGUGGGAUCUGGAAAGUUUGCAGUGCUUACAGACACUAAAUGGGCAUGCUGAUGUUGUCAUGUCUAUCCUUUGCUGGGACAAUUUCUUGUUAUCUGGUUCCUUGGACAACACUAUAAAGGUGUGGGCUGCAACUGAAAAUGGGAGCUUAAAAGUAGUUUAUGAACAUAAAGAGGAAACUGGUGUACUAGCUCUUUGUGGGAUAUGUGAUGCUGAAGCUAAACCUAUAUUGUUCUGCUCGUGCAAUGACAAUACCGUCCGGUUAUAUGACCUGCCAUCGUUUUCCGAAAGGGGCAGAGUAUUCGCAAAGAGGGAAGUUAGAUCAGUUGAAAUAGGGGUUGGAGGACUGUUCUUUACCGGUGAUGCAACUGGACAACUUUCCGUUUGGAAAUUGCAGGGAGAAGCCAUUGCCAUGGCUCCUCAAGUAAGUUGAUGGAUCACAAUUGGUUCUGCAACUGGAAACACCAUUUCUUGGUCAGACCAGACCAAAUGCUAUUGCACAUAGUUCAGCUGACAUCUAGUUUAGCCUAACUAUCAGAGGAAAGACAGGCUGUUGAAUAUUCAGUCGAUUUUUUAAGGGACAGAGAGCCAACAGCCAGACUGCAUUUUCUCUGGCAAUUUUGUAUUCUUGUGUGAAGAAAUGAUAUCUCCAUACUUACCACUAUGGCUAGUUUGGGUUGCAACUUACAAGAUGUAAACAGCUCAGUUUCAAACCUGUAGUCUAGAUGAUAUAUUGUAUAGAUUUGAAAUUGAUCAUUUGUUUGAUUCUUUUUUCACAGUAUGCUUCUUCUAAUAAGAGGUUAAGUUUUGUUUA